ACAGGUGAGAGGUAACAAGUUGAGAGGUCGGCUUCAGCUAGCUAAACGUUAAGGCUGAUGCUGCAAGUUUGUGUUUUAAUAGUGAGUAAAUGCUUUCUUAUAAAGCUAAGCUGCCUCGGCUCCGUAGUUAGAGCAGCAAAUACUUCACAAAACAAAGCGGGUGCGAGGCAGUUUCAGCCGGUGUUCUAGAACACCGGCGCCAGCUCUCGUGUUCUGGCGGAGCUCCUCAUGCUAAUGUUUGCUAGUUAGCUAGCUGCUAGUAUGUCGCAACCCAGCGUUUGGACUUACCGGAGCUAACGUGACUAGCACUCCCGCAUCGAUCGUUGAUUGUGAGGGAUAAGCACGAAAGAUGGCUGUGUCAGUGCGGGGCCUGUACUUUGUGGUGACCCUGUUUUUGGGUAGUUUCUUCGGGAGCGUCUUCAUGCUGGGGCCAGUUUUACCCCUCAUGUUGUUGUCUCCUGCUUGGUACCGCUGGCUCACUGAUCGAAUUGUGGCUACCUGGCUCACCUUACCUGUGUCCUUGCUGGAGCUAGUAUUUGGAGUGAAGGUGGUGAUAACAGGUGAUGGUUUCAUUCCCGGAGAGCGGAGCGUGAUCAUCAUGAACCACCGUACCCGCCUGGACUGGAUGUUCCUUUGGUGUUGUCUGCUCAGGUACAGCUACCUUCGUCUGGAAAAGAUCUGCCUCAAGGCUGCGCUUAAGGCUGUUCCUGGCUUUGGUUGGGCAAUGCAGGUUGCCUGCUUUGUCUUCAUUCAGCGUCGUUGGGAGGAGGACAAGAAGCAUUUGGAGAACAUGCUGGACUACUUUUGUGACAUCAGAGAGCCCUUGCAGUUGCUGCUCUUCCCAGAAGGCACUGACCUUACCGAAAAUACAAGGACAAAGAGCGACGCGUUUGCUGCACAGAACAGCCUGCCGAAGUUUGAGUAUGUUCUUCAUCCCCGCACCACAGGAUUCACCUUCAUUGUGGACCGACUACGAAAAGGUGAUAAUUUGGAUGCCGUCCAUGAUAUUACAGUCGCCUACCCAAAGAACAUCCCACAGACAGAACGCCACAUCGUAUCCGGCCAUUUCCCACGUGAGAUCCAUUUCCAUGUCCGGCGCUAUCCAGUGUCUGCACUUCCCACCUCUUCCUCUGACUUAGAAUCUUGGUGUCGGGAGCGCUGGGCCGAGAAGGAGGUCCGGUUGCGGGACUUUUACUCAGGGCAGCCCCGCGCCUUUGACAGGGAUGGCGUUGCACGUGUGCCACCCUGUAAGUCAGAGUUGCGAGUUACUCUGAUCAAAGCGGCCUCGCUGCUGUAUUGGAGCAGCUUCAUUGCUCUGUGUUUCACUGGCCUGUGGCUCUGGGCUCCUUUCAGGCUUUACUCCCUGAUCAUGGUUGGAGUGUACAUAGCUCAGCACAAGCGCUUUGGAGGGCUUGAGAUGCUGGAGAUGGCCUGUCAUCGAUACUGGAAGUCGAUGUCUGCUGACGUCAGUGAGAACAAUAAAUUGCUAGAUGGAAAAAUGAAGUGAGGAAAUACAGUUGUGAAUGAACAAUGACGUGUUACCACCUGUACUCAGCAAAGACUGAGGACUCAUUUGUCUACACUUGUUCAGUCCAGUGAGCUAAAGGAUCCCAUUGUGGAACCUAGUGCUCCAUGCCUUAGAAAGACAAAAAUAAGUGCACCCACGAUGGUAUGCAUGGCUUCAGUGGAAAGAGCUUAGCUUUCUGGGGGGGAAAAAGGAAUGUUAACCAUAUUAAACUGUGUUGGGUUUAGGGAAUUCAUCGUAAAUGAUGUAUCACUUGCCCUUUCUGUGACUUUUCUUGUGUAGUCACUGUUAUUUGGCUUGCCGUCUGUCCAUUUUUAUCAGUUUCAUGUAGUAGGUGUUUAUCAUGGUUUGUUGUUUGGGACCUCGGUGUGAACCUGUGUCAGAAAAUACUGCUGUUGGUAUUUGUCAUACUUGUUAGAUAUUCAUAUUUUUGAAAUUUAUUUUAUUGUAUGCUGUAAUAAUCUUUUUUUUUUUUUAAUCAUGAAUGGAGCAGAGCCAUAGUACAGAACGUGUAUGUAUGAUGAUUUGACUUCUGCUAAUAUGAAUAUUAGCAGUAUAAGCUGGAUUGUUUAAAUCAAUCAGCUUCUGUUAGAAGUGUUCAGCAAGGGAAAAAAAAGGACAGAUGUAAUUCCCAGAGAGUUAUUAAGGCAUAUAUGAGUAAAACUGUUUACUUUUAGUGGGUAUAAUUACCCUUUUAGCCCUUGAUCCUUAGCCUGUAUGGUGGUUUCACUGUAUAUGUCUCAAUUGCUCAAGUCAAUAUGACAAUGCAGCUUUUCCAUGUAAACCCAGCAGUGAGAAAAGCAAACGUCAACUUUAAAAACAAAAAGCAAUCAAAAGCAAGUAGCCUGUCAUGUGAGGAAGCGGUAGAUCCACAUGUCAGUGGCAGGGUUGCCUGUAGCUAUAUUGAGGCAGCACUUGUAUUAUUAUCAAAAUUAAAGAUCUGACUGAUAAGUCUGGCUUACUGUAGAAGCAGAGGGCUUUGUGCCCUUUCUGGGGAUGAAGAGACGCCUUGUAGAGACAGGAUGUGUGUGGUGCUGGGGUGGAAGAAUGUCCUGUUGGGACAACGUUACCCCUCAAUGUGCAGGGUGGCACAGAGAACCAGACUUGGAGUGGAAAACUGGCCCUGAACUCAACCUAAUCCAAAAAAGCCCUGUAAUGCCCACCACUGCUGGUAUCCCUCUCCAGAGGACUGGCAUUGAUGCGCCGGCUAAACUCAAUUAGCAAAUGACAGCUGAGAAAGCGACUCCAGUUGUGCCAAAAAAGGAGUGAAAUUGAAAGAAGAUUGAAGCAGUUCUUCAGCCGCAUGUUUCACCUCUUGUUCUCUUUGCCUUUGCUCUCUGUUCAAACUCAAUUACAUUUUUACUUGAGUGAGUAAAGAAGCAUUUUGUGUUUGGAGGUCUACAGCAGUUUCUGUAACACUGUGAAAUGUGUGAUCUAGCUGACGACUUCAAUCCACUUUUGUAGUACUAAUUGUCUGGCGCACAACAGAGUCGACAAUGGGGUCUUUUUUUGUUUUGUUUGGUUUAUGCAAAUCCAAAGCUCCUCGAGUUUAUGUCAAAAGGGGCUGUUUCUAGUCACUGUGAUAUAGUUUUGUUAACAACUCGAUCAUCAGCAUGUUUGUUUACCAAAUAUGGUACUAUAUAAAUGUUUUGUUUUUUCAAACCACUUAAAACUCCCAAACCAGCUGGAAAUCUGUCUCUUUCACCUGUGCCAUUUUGUGUUGCUCAUUUUUACAUUUACUUGUCGAUGCUGGACCUCUUUAAAAAUCACUGUCCUCAGGUAAACGCAGUGGACACUGUUAUGAGUCAGUCUUUUAAAUGAAGAGAUAUAUAUCUAAAUAAAUAUGCUGUAUCAACCCA